AGACCCAGCGGGUCAGAGUCCGGGUCCAUUAAGUGGGUAAUGGAUCUACCCGCGAGUACUGGGAAUCUGGUUGAAGACUGGAAGAAAAAACUCUGCACUUAACAUGAUACAAAUUCAAUCCCUAACUCUUUCUCUCUCUCUCUCUCUUUCUUUACAAGCAGACUCUUGCAAAAUAUCAAACCAACUCCAAUAAUUCUCCUUCCAUUCAUUAACUUGGCCAUGAAGCGGGCAAUCCCAUGGACUGAGCAUGUUGAUGUUAUAUCAUCCGAUGAAUCAUCUUCAUCAGAUACAGAUGAUGGAUAUGGUUGUCAGCAGUCAAGCAUCGAUACUACUGUUAUAGAGAAUUUGACAUCUGAAGCUGCACUGUUCAAAAAGGCGGAAUUGUAUCAGGAAUACAUGAAACAGAUUCCGAUCCCUACACACCGUGGUUCUAUUAUACCAUUUACCUCAUGGGUGGGACUAGGCAAUUCGAUUAAGCACUUAUAUCAGCAACCCUUGCAUUACCUCACUAAUAUACUCUUAAAGCAGUGGGACAAAUCAAGGUAUGACUCUGAAGAUGAAUUUAAGCCCCUGGAUACAGUCAUUCAUCCUUCUAAAGCUGAAGCCACCAUUUGGCUCAUCGAAGAAGUCCAUCGCUGCACCUCUUCUCAUCAUCAUCUAGCUAAACUCUGGCUUUCUGAUCCAAUGCACAACACCUUCCUUGAUUCCAUAUUCCCAAAUUCAUGAACCCCAUAUGGAAGACCUGUCUGUUUUCACAAUUUUGUGUUGACUGUGUAAUAGAUGUUCUUUCACAAAUUUUUGUUGACUGUGUAAUAGAUGUCCUCUAAUUUCUUCAUGUGGUGUGGAUCUGUACAAUAUGAACUUGAAACUAGAUGCAUUCAUCGGUUCUUUGUUUCAUUCUCAUAAAUUGAUGUGGCAUCAGCUCUUUAAUAGAUCAAUUUCCUGGGCAAGAGCAUCAGCUAGUUGGUUGAUACUUGUGCUCAGGAUGUUUAUUGAUUUUA